CCCCCAUGUCCCCCUGUCCCCUCACUCCCCUCACGGCCCUCAGAGCCCCGCGCACGCGCCCCGCGCCUCCCGCCCCCGGCGCAUGCGCAGCGCUCCCCGGGCCGCGGCCGCGCGUUCUGCCGUGCCCCGGAUGUGCCCCUGCCGCGGAACAUGGCGGCGCCGGGCCGGGCGGAGGGAGCCUGGUAGCGCCCGGUGCCGUCCCCGCCAUGGCAGACCUGGGCCGGCAGCUCCACGAGUACCUCGCCCAGUCCAAGGCUGCUGCUGCCACCGGCCCCAGCGCGGUCCCCGCACCGCCGGCCGCCGGCGGCUCGCAGGAGGAGGCGGGGGACGGCGGCGGGCUGCGGGCCUGGCUGGGGGCGCUGAGCCCGUUCCCGGCGGGCGCUCCCCCCGGCGCCACGGUGUGGCCUUGGGCGGGAGAGGAGGACCCGUGGCUGCGGGGGCUGUCGCGCUGGCAGCGGCUGGCGGGCAGCGGGCUGUGCGCGCUCCUGGCCGCGCUGUGCUUCGGGCUGGCCGGGCUGUGCGCGCCGCUGCUGCUGCUGCGCGCCCGCAAGUUCGCGCUGCUCUGGUCGCUGGGCUCGCUGUGCGCGCUGGGCGCCGCCGCGCUGCUGCGCGGGCCCGCCCGGCUGCUGCGGGAGCCCGGCCGCGGGGCGCUGCUGUACCUCGGCGCGCUCCUCGGGACGCUGUACGCCGCGCUGGGGCUGCGCAGCACCGCGCUGACGGCGCUGGGAGCCGCCGCGCAGCUCGGCAUCGCCGCCGCCGCGCUGCUGGCCGCGCUGCCCGGCGGUGCCGCCGGCCUGCGCCGCCUGGCCGGGCUGCUCCGCGCCGCGCUGUGCGGCCGGGCCAAGGCGCUGCCGCUGUGAGCCCGGCGCGGCCCCGCGGGAGUCCCUCGCACACGUACCGGGAGCCUCGCGAUGUAUUCAGCCGACUCCGAGACGGGGGACGCCGCUUCUCUUCGCCUCCUCCGCGUUCCUGGCACGUUUUCCGCGGCAGCGCCCGAGGAGCAGCAGCAGGGCUGGCGGCCCCGGGGACUCGGAGCUGCGGCGCUGUGUGCGGUGUCAGCCUGCCGACCGCCCCGGGCUCGGUGCUCGCUCACCAGGGCUCGGCAUCGCUCCACCUCUGGGUGGGGAGCUGCAGCAUCCCGCUCGUGCCUCCAGCCUGGGACCAUGCGGCUGCUGCAGCGGCUGCUGCGGAGCGCCAGAUCGGAGCCGAUGCGCUGCCCCUGUGGAUUCGCCCGCUACUGAGGAGCAGCUGAGGUGCGCAAGGCUGACGGAUGCUGAAACACGAAGAUGAUUUAGCAAAAUGCGAUCGAGGCUAGGGGAGAACGUUGAAAAAUUAACUGGUUUUGUGCUGACCCCUACACUAUGAACACAUACUGUUUUUGCUGUCACCUCAGACCAGUGGUGAAUACGAAGACUCUCGCCACUGAACUGCAUUUCUCUCUAAAAAGCAGCUUUAAAAUAACCAUCCAGUGUUAAAGGAGCCUUCUGGUAACAUGGUGGCUGGAGAUGAUUAACAGGAAUGAUUUGUGGGAAAAACAAACUCAUGGUUGGAUGGCAGACUAGCAAGCAGUGGUGGUUGCCUGCAUUAUGGAAUUUUAACCUCAGCACCACUGUACACAGCUGUGGCUAAAGGUGAAAAUGAAACUUCUCUAUACAUGAUAAACCAAAA